AUGGCCUAUUGCAAGCAGUCAGGUAGGGCUCUCUGUGGGUCUGGGACUGCGGCUGUCCCUGUCCCAGUCCCUGACAGCUGGGAGAUGCUGUCCCAGUUGCUUGGGGUGGCAUCUCCUACUUCAAUGAUCGAUCUGAUUGUGACUUUGGGCGGACUUGGAGGACGCUUUGACCAAACCAUGGCAUCAGUUGAAACGCUCUUUCAUGCAAAAAAUAUCACCCCUUUUCCAGUGAUAGUUAUCCAGGAGUGCUCGCUGAUUUACCUGCUUCAACCUGGCAACCACAAGCUGCAUGUGGACACCGGAGUGGAAGGUGCCUGGUGUGGCCUCAUCCCCGUUGGGAACUCCUGCGACGACGUGACCACGACAGGCCUCAAGUGGAACCUCAGUAAGUCAGAUGCCUCUGGGACG